UUACUUUCAUAUUUUAGUUGAAUUUCAAUAUUAUGGAUCAAACGGAACAAAUCCACUUCAGAAAUAUGCUGUAUCUUAAAAACAAAGCCAAAUCGUUAGACGUGGCCAAUUACACCGUGAUCAUACCCAGCAUCUGUGUGGGCAACGCAGCCCAAUUAGCCUGCGACCUGUUGAUCGCAUCGAAAAAGUUAAAGCGCAUAGGAAACCUGUCUCAUUCAGCUUUGAUUCCGGUCUAUGGGCCAUCCGCAUACCAGCAUGAACCAAAUGAGCUGGUGUCAUCCUGUGAGCUGUAUGAAUCUGCCGAAGAUAAGCUACUGGUCAUACAAUUUCGCACACCGCUCAUUGCGCGACACACAAAAAAUUUCCAAACCAAUUUAGUGGAAAUGCUUCAAGCAGCGCGUCGGGUUGUGAUAUUGAGCGGAAGCUUUGGCUUCGAGCGACGCUUUAUUGAUGAGUCGCCGUGGGCCUACCGUGCCAGUGACAACUUUAAGGCCGCCCACACCGCACAGCUGGAGGGAAGCACAUCGCUGGUGAAGUGGAAGGAACACACCGGCGAGCACGUCUUUGGCGGUGGCAAUGGCCUGCAGUUAUUCCGGGCAUUUGAGGAGAAACAGGUGCCAGUCAUGCUGCUCUUCCGCUAUCUUCUGGAAGGCGACAACUCCACUGACGCGUCACUGAUUGUUCGCGAACUGAAUGAGCUUUGUGAGGACUUUCUGCAGCUGCGUGAUGGCGGCGACGGCAGCUUUAAGCUAACUGUGCCCAAGUCCUGGAAUUUAUUGUUCGGAAACGAAGUAACUGAGCUACUAUUUUAGUUAUUAAAUGUCAUUUACUUGGA